CCCUGCUCCCUCUGUUUCUCUGUCUCUCUCUCUCUCGUGGCUUGGCUGGUUUGCUUUUCUUUCUUUUAUAGCAAUAAAAAAACGGCUCAUGCGCCACCCUUUCAAAGGACUCUCCUCCUUCUCUCUGCUUCUUCUUAUUUAUUUAGUGUUUUUUUUUUUUUGUAAAGAAAAAGACCCAAAGAAAAGCAAAAGCAGAGGAGCAGAAAGGAAAAGCUCCAACACCAAGUAACACAAACAAAGAGCACAAAUCAUCUUUCCAUUCCCACCAAAAAGCAAAGCCAAAGCAGAAAACACACCCCAUUAAGCAAGCUCAAAAGCAAUAAAAAUGCAAAGCCAAAGCCAAACCAUAACCAUCAAAAUUCCACCUCUUACAUACCCAUCAUUCCCAUUCCUCCUUUCCUUUUCAGCGCUACAGAAAACAUGUCAAAUGAGAUUGUUCCUGUUGAUCCCAUUUUUGACGAAGAACCAAAGCCCAACAAACAACCAACCAUUGGCCAUGGAGAACAACAAGAAGAAGAAAGUAAGGGAGUUACGAGGUCACUUACUUAUGGUGAAAGUAGUAGUAGUGGCUGUGGUGUGUAUGUUUCUGAAAUGUUUAACAGUGAAAGAUUGCCUCCUACUUUGGCUUCUGAAAUUCAAAGGUUUCUUAGAGUUGCCAACAUGUUGGAAUGGAAAGCCCCUCGUGUUGCCUAUCUUUGUCGCUUUCAUGCUUUUGAAAUAGCGCAUAACUUGGACCGUAAUUCAACAGGAAGGGGUGUUCGACAGUUUAAAACUUUACUUCUUGAGCGGCUUGAACGUGAUGAAGAAAUUACCAAAACAACAAGGCAGGAGCUGAGUGACUUACGAGAACUUAAACGUGUUUAUGAUGAAAGCAGGAGAUAUAUUAACCAGCAUGCUGGAGCAUUUGAUUUAGAAAAUAGUCAUGGAGAGAAGUUGAUAGAUGCAUGUAUAAUUGCUUCAGUGUUGUACGAAGUAUUAAAGACAGUUACAGCUGGUCCUCAGGUUCUAUUUUUCUCUUCUUAUGUUUUAGCCUUCCUGCCACAUUUUUUAUGGGCCCUUGCUGACAGAGAUAGCAUCCAAGCUAAAUCUGAGUUGUUUGCAUACAACAUUCUGCCACUUGAUCACGGAGGUAUUCAGCACGCAAUUAUGAAAUUCCCUGAGAUUAAAGCUGCUAUUGCAGUUGUUCGUAAUGUCCGUGGUUUACCAUCAGCCCAAAACUUUCAGAAACGUGGGGCUUUCUUGGAUUUGUUUGAAUUUCUUCAGUAUUCUUUUGGGUUCCAGAAAGAAAAUGUAGCCAACCAGAGGGAACAUCUUGUUUUACUUCUUGCUAAUGUCCUUGCUCGGCAACCCCAGAAGCAAUCAUCUACCUUGAAGCUAGUUGACGCAGCUAUUGAUGAGCAGAUGAGAAAGUUUUUCAAAAAUUAUACAAACUGGUGCAAAUUUUUGGGCAGAAAAAGCAGCAUCCGAUUGCCUUGUGUCAAUCAAGAAGCCCAGCAAUAUAAAAUUCUAUAUAUAGGGCUUUAUCUUCUUAUCUGGGGAGAGGCUGCAAACUUGCGAUUUAUGCCAGAAUGUCUUUGCUAUAUUUUUCACCAUAUGGCAUGUGAAUUGCAUGGUAUGUUAACUGGUGCUGUUAGCAUGACAACUGGUGAUACAGUCAUGCCAGCAUAUGGAGGAAGCCGUGAGUCUUUCCUCAGCAAUGUGGUUACCCCCAUAUACAGAGUUAUAUAUGAGGAAGCUGAGAAGAACAAAAGUGGAACAGCUGACCAUUCUACAUGGAGGAACUAUGAUGACCUAAAUGAGUUCUUCUGGUCUCCUGAUUGUUUCCUAAUAGGUUGGCCUAUGCGUCUGGAACAUGAUUUUUUCUGCACGCAGUCUCCUAAGAAGCAAAAAUUUAAGAUUUCUAGGACUGCUAAAGAAAAGAGGAAGGUAAAGGGAAAUGAAGAUGAAGAACAGGGGUUAAAUGAUGUAACUUUGGAGGAGAUUCGUGAACCAAAAUGGUUAGGGAAGUCAAAUUUUGUAGAGGUCCGUUCUUUUUGGCAAAUUUUUAGGAGCUUUGAUAGGAUGUGGAGCUUUUUUAUACUAUCCCUUCAGGCGAUGAUAAUCAUGGCUUGCCAUGAUGUUGGAUCUCCACUUCAAGUGCUUGAUGCAGUAAUAAUGGAGGACAUAAUGAGCAUCUUCAUUACAUCUGCAAUGCUUAAGCUCAUACAAGCAAUUCUUGAUAUUGUUUUCACAUGGAAAGCAAGAGACACAAUGGAGUUGUCUCAAAAACGAAGACAAGUGCUAAGGCUUGCUAUUGCAGUGAUAUGGACCAUUGUUCUUCCUGUCUAUUAUGCUCAUUCUAGGAGAAAAUAUACUUGUUACUCUGCACCAUAUGGAAACUGGCUUGGAGAAUGGUGCUAUUCCUCAUUUAUGGUUGCUGUAGCAAUAUACUUAAUGACUAAUGCAGUUGACCUGGUGUUAUUUUUUGUUCCUGCUGUUAGCAAGUACAUAGAAAUCUCACAUUGGUGCAUGUGCAAAACCAUAUUAAGGUGGAUACAGCCUAGUCUAUAUGUUGGGCGGGGAAUGCAGGAGACCCAAGUUUCACUUUUCAAGUAUACAUUUUUUUGGAUAUUAGUGCUGUCAACCAAGUUAGUGUUCAGUUACAGUUUCGAGAUAAAACCCCUAAUAGCACCAACGAGACGAAUUAUGAAAAUUGGUGUGCAAAUAUAUGAUUGGCAUGAGCUUUUCCCCAAAGUCAGGAGUAAUGCUGGUGCUAUUGUGGCCGUGUGGGCUCCCAUAAUUGUCGUGUAUUUCAUGGACACACAGAUCUGGUAUUCUGUUUAUUGUACAGUCUGUGGAGGACUUUAUGGCAUUUUGCAUCAUCUUGGUGAGAUCCGGACAUUAGGAAUGCUGAGAAGUAGAUUUCACUCCUUGCCUUCUGCAUUCAACCUUUGUCUUAUCCCACCACCAUCAAAAAAAGGCCAAAAGAGUAGAACAAAGAGUUUCUUCCAGAACAUAUUUUGCAAGGUGUCUGAAAGUGAAGUUUUAGAUCAGAAGUUUGUUCUAGUCUGGAACCAAAUUAUCAGUGCUUUUAGAUCAGAAGACUUGAUAAGCAACAGGGAAAUGGAUUUGAUGAUGAUUCCUACAUCAGGUUUAUUUCCUGGAAUUAUUCGUUGGCCUAUUUUCCUUCUUGCAAAUAAGUUUUCGACAGCACUGAGCAUUGCAAGAGAUUUUGUGGGGAAGGACGAGAAGCUUUUUAGAAAGAUUAGAAAAGAUGAGUACAUGUACUUUGCUUUAAAGGAGUGCUACAUGUCAGUGAAGAGCAUCCUUGAAAUUCUUAUUGUUGGCGAUCUGGAAAAGAGGGUUGUAUUCGAUAUCGUGAAUGAAAUUGAACGAAGUAUUAAAGAAUCAAGUUUUCUUCAGGAUUUUAAGACGAGUGAGCUCCCAGCUCUACAAGUUAAAUUUGUUGAGUUGCUUGAAUUGCUAGUUGAGGGAGAUAAAAACCAAUAUGAUAAGGUUGUGGAAGUUCUCCAAGAUAUCUUUGAGCUUGUAACAAAUGAUAUGAUGGCAAAUGGCCACAGAGUAUUGGAUUUGCUAGAAUCCUCCCAAGAAACUGUGCGUGAUAGUACUGCUUUCUCUAGAAGGAUUGAACCACAGUUAUUUGAAUCUGCUGCUGGCAAGACUUCUAUCUAUUUUCCCUUGCCAGACGAUGGCCCUUUGAAUGAACAGAUUAAGCGUUUGCAUUUAUUGCUUACUAUCAAAGAUAAGGCAAUGGACAUACCUGCAAACUUAGAUGCUCGAAGGCGUAUAUCAUUCUUUGCUACUUCCCUCUUUAUGGAUAUGCCUAGGGCGCCUGAAGUACGCAAGAUGCUGUCUUUCAGUGUUAUAACCCCACAUUACAUGGAGGAUAUCAAUUUUUCGAUGAAGGAGCUACAAUCAAGCAAAGGACAAGUUUCUAUCAUCUUCUAUAUGCAAAAAAUAUUUCCAGAUGAGUGGAAAAACUUUUUGGAGCGUAUGGGGUAUCAAAACUUGAAUGAACUGAUCGACGAGAGCAAGGAGGAAGAAAUUAGAAAUUGGGCUUCUUUUCGAGGCCAAACACUAAGCAGAACAGUUAGAGGAAUGAUGUACUAUAGAGAAGCCUUAAAAUUACAAGCACUCCUUGAAAAGCCUGAGAAUAAAGACAUUCUUGAGGAUGCUAUUGAAAGAAAUAAUCCCAAGUUAUCUGCUGAAUUAGAUGCCUUAGCAGACAUGAAAUUCACAUAUGUUAUCUCUUGUCAAAUGUUUGGAUCACAAAAAUCUUCUGGAGACCCUCGUGCAGAAGACAUAAAAGAUUUGAUGAGAAGGUAUCCAGCUCUGCGUGUUGCAUAUAUUGAAGAGAAAGAAGAAAUAGUAGGAGAUAAGCCUCAAAAGGUUUAUUCUUCUGUAUUGGCAAAAGCUGUGGGUAAUUUUGACCAGGUGAUAUAUCGCAUAAAGCUUCCUGGUCCACCCAUCAUUGGCGAAGGGAAGCCUGAAAAUCAAAAUCAUGCUAUAAUCUUCACACGUGGAGAAGCUCUCCAAACAAUUGAUAUGAACCAAGACAAUUAUUUGGAAGAAGCUCUUAAAGUGAGAAAUCUUCUGCAAGAAUUUCUUCAAAACCAUGGUCGGCGCCCUCCCACAAUUCUUGGUUUGAGAGAGCACAUAUUCACUGGAAGUGUUUCUUCAUUGGCAUGGUUUAUGUCAUAUCAAGAAACCAGCUUUGUCACAAUUGGCCAAAGGCUUCUUGCCAACCCUCUCAGGGUACGCUUCCACUAUGGGCAUCCAGAUGUAUUUGAUAGGGUGUUUCACAUCACAAGAGGAGGCAUAAGCAAAGCAUCCAAAACAAUCAACUUGAGUGAGGAUGUUUUUGCCGGUAGGAAUUUGUUACUUCAAAUGUUAUAUGCUGACCUUUUAAUCAUAAUUGCUUUACACUUAAAUAUAUUUGAAUAUCGUGUAGGAUUUAACUCAACUUUACGACGAGGAUGUAUCACAUAUCAUGAGUACCUGCAAGUUGGCAAAGGUCGUGAUGUAGGCCUAAAUCAAAUCUCAAAGUUUGAAGCCAAAGUGGCUAAUGGGAAUAGUGAACAAACUUUAAGCCGUGAUAUACACCGUCUUGGACGUCAAUUUGAUUUUUUUCGGAUGCUAUCUUGUUACUUCACAACUAUUGGAUUUUACUUCAGUAGCUUGAUUUCAGUGAUUGGAAUUUACGUGUUCCUCUACGGACAGUUAUACCUGGUUCUUAGUGGACUGCAAAAGGCACUCCUCCUCGAGGCUAGAAUGCAAAACAUAGAAUCGUUGGAAACAGCCCUUGCUUCCCAAUCAUUUAUCCAGCUUGGGCUUUUAACCGGCUUACCAAUGGUGAUGGAGAUUGGACUUGAGAAAGGUUUUCUUACAGCCCUUAAAGAUUUUGUUCUUAUGCAACUGCAGCUUGCUGCUGUUUUUUUUACUUUUUCCCUUGGAACAAAAACCCAUUAUUAUGGUCGAACAAUUAUGCAUGGGGGAGCUAAAUAUAUGCCUACUGGACGUAAGGUUGUGGUGUUUCAUGCCAGCUUCACUGAGAACUACAGAUUGUAUUCACGAAGUCAUUUUGUUAAAGGAUUUGAACUAUUGCUCCUCUUAGUUGUUUAUGAUUUGUUCAGGAGGUCCUAUCAGAGCAGCAUGGCAUAUGUAUUAAUCACUUACUCUGUUUGGUUCAUGACCAUAACUUGGUUGUUUGCACCGUUUCUAUUUAAUCCUUCUGGAUUCAGUUGGGACAAGAUAGUAGAUGAUUGGAAAGGCUGGAAUAAGUGGAUCAAGGAGCAAGGGGGUAUUGGAAUUCAGCAAGAUAAGAGUUGGCAGUCUUGGUGGAAUGAUGAACUGGCUCACCUUCGUCGUUCAGGAUAUGGUGCUAGAUUGUUUGAAAUACUUCUGUCUCUUCGGUUUUUCUUGUAUCAAUAUGGCCUGGUCUAUCAUCUUGACAUCUCCCAACAGAGCAAAAAUUUUCUGGUUUAUGUGCUUUCCUGGGUUGUUAUUCUUGCAGUUUUCCUGACAGUUAAGGCAGUAAACAUCGGAAGGCAACUGUUCAGCGCUAAUUAUCAUCUGAUGUUUAGGUUCUUUAAGGCAUUCCUUUUCCUAAGUUGUUUUGCCAUUGUAAUUACUCUCUCCAUCAUCUGUGAACUAUCUUUGAAGGAUGUAAUCAUCUGCUGUCUAGCAUUUCUGCCAACUGGAUGGGGUUUGAUACUGGUUGCUCAAGCUGUGAGGCCUAUAAUAGGAAAAACCGGAUUCUGGCACUUCACCGAGGUCCUUGCUCAAGCAUACGAUUAUGGAAUGGGUUCGGUUCUGUUUGCACCAGUUGCUAUUUUGGCAUGGCUUCCGAUCAUCUCAGCAUUCCAAACUCGAUUCCUUUUCAAUCAGGCUUUCAAUAGGCAUUUGCAAAUCCAACCAAUUCUGGCAGGGAAGAAAAAGCAGACAUAAUCUUUUGACACUGAUAAGGGUUCUGGCAUUUUAUUUGUACAGUCAAAAGUGUUUUUGACAAACUUUCAUUGUAAAACAGCAAAAGAUCUCAAAAACAUACAUAGUUGUAAAUAACACUGAUUCAUUCAAUUGCUGGUAUAGAAAUGCAAGUUAGAAAUUUGAAGAAA